GGAAAGUGACGCGAGAGGGUUAGAAAUAAGGAAGAAAAAAUGAAAACAAAAUCUUCAAAGUGAAAAUGAAACGAUUUUCAUUUCAACUCUCCACCAGCAUGGACUAGACAGGCUUUAUUUCGGUUGUCAUUAUCCUACAACAAAUAUUUGUGACAAAUGACAAUUGCUUACUGAAUUUGUUCAACAACAGGAUAGCAAUCCGACUUCAUACUUUCUUUCAAUCAUGGCUGAAAAAAAGCCUGUGUUGAAUGAGGAUCUCAAAAAUGUUAUUACUUUGAAGGCCUUGGUGGACCGGGGAAGCAACAAAGUUAUCUUCGUAGAGUCCGACGAUUUUAUUGAUGUUCUCUUCAGUUUCUUGACAAUGCCCAUGGGAAGAAUUGUCAGGCUUGCUGAAGAUUCAGUACCAGUGAAAAUAGGUUGUAUGAGAAAUUUGAUUCAAAGUGUUGAGAAAUUUGAUGUGCAUAACUUCCGAUCAAAUGCUUGUAGAGAUAUGUUGUCACUUCCCUGCAAUUCUGCGGAUCUUGAAUGCAAGAACCUCAAGUUGAAAAUUGACAAUGAUAGGCCAACACGGUACUUUCGGUGUGUUAGAUGCUUUUUAAGCUAUUAUAAAAGUGGCAGCUGUCCUUCCUGUGGUUAUUCCUUUUGUUUUGAGAUUCCAGUGGAUAAUACUCAACUUGGAGGCGUCUUUGUGAAAGGGCGACCCAGGCUGAUAAUUACCGAUGAUUUACAGGUCAUUUCCCCAGUAGGUGCAGCAAACAUUUGUUUGUUUUCGAAGCUAGGGGUCACAGAUUUUAAAACUACGGAGGAGUUGACUUUCAAUAUGGGAGUUCAGGAGGCUUUGAAUUUGCUUAUGCAUUCGUUUGUAUCAAAGACACCGUUGACUGAAAUUCUUCUGAAAAAUGAACCAAUACCAAGUUUGGGAGACGUACAUUCCAGUCAAGGAAUAUCGAUUGAUUCUCAAAUGCAUGGGGACACAAUCAAUGAGGAAGAGAAAAACAUUUGUCUUAAGCUUGUAGUUAGCAAGUCUAAGAAGAUUGUUUGUUAUGCAGAGGCACAAGAGGAUUUUGUUAAUCUACUCUGCAGUUUCUUGACUCUCCCACUUGGGUUCAUAUUAGAAAAGAUGCGGAAUGUUUCAUGGAAAGGCUGUCUCGAUCAGUUGUACAAGAGUGUCGAAGAUCUUGAUCAGCAGUACUUGAAGUCAAAUUUCCACAAGGAAUUGUUGGUCAAUCCAAAGCUUGCACCUGGUUUUCGAUAUGAGAACCCUCUGUUAGGAAUCAAGGAGGCUUCGUUUUAUUAUGUUAAGUCUAAGUUAACUACUGAUAAGUCCUGUAUUCCUGAUUAUGCUUCAGCGGAGUCAGUUAAACUUAAUGUUUUUUAUCCCAAAUCUCAUGAAGAUAGAGAUAAAAGUGCUCAGGGAUUUCUGAAAGGACCUGCUACCUUCACAGUGACUGACAAUCUAGUUGUAAGACCGUUAUCUCUAAUCCUUGAAAUGUCUGUUCUUCAAGAAUUGAAGGUACCUUUCACCGACAUCGAGAACCAUAUUGUGCAUGUGGGCAAGAGGGAGGCGUUGCUUCUUUUAGUGGCCUCGUUUGUUGGUGAUUCUGCUCUUACCAAUACCUUCAUUGAGAGCUUAGGGAGCCAAAGCAAGAACAAUAAGGAAGGAUUGGUCACACAAAGAAGAGCUUGCUUUUGUUGUUAUUGCAUAAAAACUCCACAGUAUUCCUAUUUGUGAGAUUAAUUUUUAUUUACAUGGUAACAUUUGGGUUUGCGAUAAAGUAAAAAUUUUGAGA